AUGGCCCGCACGGCUCCCCCGACAGUGCCGCCGCCCCCGGGGCCGCCGGCUCGCGGCUCCCUCAGCCUCCAUCGCGCCUACCUACGGAGCCCGCUGGGCCUGCUGCGCUUGGGGCAGCUGGCUCUGGGCGCUGCCUUCUGGGUGACGGUAGCGGCUCAUAAGUACGAGGGGGCGGCCCACUUCGCUCUGUUUGCCGCCGUCCUGGUCUGGCUUCUCACCCUGGCACUCUUCGGGCUGAGCCUGCUGGGGCGCUGGGAGCUGGUGCCCUGGCUGGGCUCCCGCUGGCUCCUCACCAACCUGGUGCACGACCUGGCACUGGGUAUGGGGCUCUACGCAGCUGCCACUGGCAUCAUGGGUCACAAGGCCAAGCAGAGAAGCUUUUGCAACCUGCCGGGCUACAGCCAGCACUGCCUUUACAGUGCCUACCUGAGCGCCUCCAUCUGUGGGGGCAUCACUGCCUGCCUGUACCUCUUCUCCGGGCUCUAUUGCCUAUCACGGCGUUGCCAGGACCAGCAAGACAUCAUCUGAGAUCCCGUGCCACUUGGCUCCCCUUCUCAGCUGCAGACAGAACAUGGCCUGUCUUUGGGAUGAAAUGACCCUGCCACCCCAUCCCCUCCUGGCUGACUGCACUGCAAUUCCUCCAGAGAAUCCUGCACAGACGGAUGGACAGACAGAGGCCUUCCCCGAGCACGGCUUCCCCUGCAGCGCACUGAGACAGCGUGGACACCCAGCCAGUGCACAGGCCCUUCUCCCACCCUUGGACAGAUGUAGGCUACUGCAAGUGGAAGGACCCAAAUGGAGAGCCCCCAAGAGGCAUACCAAUCUUUGUGAGCCCCUCCUAGAACUCAAGCCAAAAUCCCCUGCCCCUGGUCUUGCAGACGCUGCAUGCUCAGGUGGGUGCCGAGUUUUCCCUGGGGUGGAGGGGGACUGGCCUAGGGGAGCUGAGCUGGGGGCAGCAAUGCCUAGUGGAGUUGGAUGGGCAUAAACUCCCCUGACCUGCUGGCAGCCCUGUCUUGACAUUCCAGCUGCAUGGCGCCUCCACAGUUCCCUAGGGGAGGCCCUGAACUUGGCUUCCCCAGCCGGGCCCUUCCUUCUGCCUGGCCUGAAAACAUCUUUCGUCUUAUUGGAGCCGCAAAGGGCUCAGUGCCUCCCUGCCCUUCACUCAGAGGGUGUGGAGACACCCAGAUACUGCAUGGCCAGAGCAGCAUCACCCCAGUCCAGCUUGGAGACUGAGCAGGGCAGUAAGGCCUCUGUUGCUGUGGAGGGAGGGGAAGGACAAGUGGAGCCGUAAACCCUGGGCUAAAUUCCUCCAGUGCUAGAAUUUGUAUAGUCCUGGGAUGGGGCCAGGUGCCCCAGGGGUUGAGGGGAGCCAGUCAUGGGGUUUUUCUCUCCUCCUGACAUCCCUGCAGAGAGGUUUGUGGCUCCUAGCCACCCAGAGCCACUGAACCAGCCCUGUGGCCAGGCUACUCCAAAAGGGAUGGAAACAGACUCACUGAUGGAGACCAGCCUGCAACCCUCCCUGUCUCUGCUGCACUUGGUUUAUCAUCCUGGAAAAUUUUCAUCUCUGGACUCUCUGGGACUGGGCAGUGCCUGGAGACUGUGGUGAGGUGGAGGGGAAGGGUGAACCUUGCAGCAUGGCAGUGCUAGGCUGUGCUGGCACUGUCCAUAGGGGAGCUGUGGCCAGGCAUUGUGGGAGCACAACCCAUCUUGGAGAACAGAAGAGGACACUGGCACUGGAGCCAGCCCAGCCCUGGAUUAGCCUCCACAACCCACCAGGUCCCAAGCCCUGAUGAGGCCAUGUAGGGCUGACUAGAGAAAUGGGUGGCCAGACAGAAUUUUUAGAGCAGCAGCACCACACUGGAACUGCACUGCCACAAGACCUCCUCACCCUGCCUGGAGGCAGGUCCUCUCUAUUGCUUGCAGUGCAAGGGAGGGUCUGCUCCGGUCUCUGUGUAGACUCAGAUCAGUGAGAUGUGUGUCCUCAGCAGCUGGCCACAGCUGCCUAUUGCCUGGGGUUGCCUGGAGCCUUUUUUGAGGUGGAGAGCAGCAGCCAUGAUUCCCCUGGGGGCUUGAAUAUGUCUGGGAUUGGUACUGGGUCACCACUUCCAUCAUGAUGUGCUGUCCCAGUGGAUACCCCAUAUGCUCAGGGGCCCUGCCAAGCCCCAGGCCAUGUACCCCUUCCCUGGGUAGGACAUGCUGUCUGUGCACUGUGUCAAGGCUGGUCCCUGGCACCGCCUGCCUCUGCCUCACUCUGGUGCAGCCCUUGUGCCAAAAUGCCCUCGGUGCUUCUGCCACCACAAGUGCCUUCCCCUGGCUUUCUGCAGCCCUGUCUGUCACAUCAGCUCCAUCCCCCUACAGCCUCCUUUCAGGUGCCACAAAUAAAGCAAUGUUGGCACUCACUGGGUGUCUGGAGCUUUGUGCUGGGGCUGGAACCUGCUGGGUAUGAGGUCUGAGCUGAGAUCACAUCCAGCUCUGUAGCCCUGCACCCUGGGCCCUCUCUGCUUGGAGCCUCUGGCCAUGGUCACAAAGUCCUGAGGUGCUCUGGGGUCACAGGCAGGCUUCCUGAUGCUGAGGCACUGUUCCUACUAGAGAGGCUUAAGCCUCUGUCUAUCCCUGGCCCUACUGCCUGUCCAGACAGGGCACAGACUGAUGCUCAUGUGGGGGUCCAGACAGAGCAGAGGGAGGCCAAGUCCCCAGAGCUCUGUGGCUAUGGGAUGUACUGAAGACAGGAUGUAGUUGCAUUCCUAAGGGCCUCGUCACUCCAUGCUGAAAGGGCCCUCUGUCCCGGGGCCAGGGCACUACUGGGCAGACAUGUACACACUGACUGGCCUUUGGUGGGUCAGGGGCCAAUGGAGGGCUGCCAGCUUCUCCCAGGACUGGCUGCAGCUCUGGGAUGCACUCUUGGGACAGAGCUGAGUCUUGGACCGGGACCUGCAGCUGGGGUGUCACUGGGUCCCCAGCCUUCUGCCCAUGGGACACACGCCCUGUUCAUCAGAGGCUGCAGGCAGCUGGCAGCAUCAUUGUGCCCUCAUUGUCCAAGAGCCACCAUAGGGUUGUAACAAGGUUACAACUUUUGGCAUCAGACGAAGCCCAGGAUCCUCAGAGCAUCCCCAGGAACCAGCAUCCAUGCUCUACUGCAAGCACCUUUUAGGACAGCCCAUGGCACCCGGAGCAGUGUGAGCACGGCUGCGGGCUGCUGGGCAGGACAGUGCCAGCGCACCCCAGGCUGGGCUGCGUUGAGGGCAUGGAGGGGCAGCGAAUGAGCUACCAGCCACACUCAUGGGCCUGUGGGAAACCUGCUGCUCCCUUCCAGGGACUGUGUGAGGCUGCUCUCUGGUCUCUCCUCGGGGAGAGGUGGCCCAG